AAUGAAGGUGAUGCGUUCUUGGACCUGGUGGAAGCAACCACUGCUGUAAACGAGCUCCAGGAUCAUUUAUGCAAACCAAGCCGAGAAACUGUAUGGGAAGGCUGGGAUGGGAGUCCUUUACCCCGCCCCUUGUAAAAGGCUGCUCAGAUCACCCCUGUCCCUCCCAGCCUUCCUUCCCACACGAAAAGGCUUGCUGAUGAGGCGAGUGCUGUCUUUUCACCUGGCCGCACGUACCUUUGCACCGGAUCCCCCUUUAAAUUCUUCACGAUUAUGAAUUGUUUCCAGGGCACCAAUGCCUCUGCUCUGGAAAAAGACAUUGGUCCAGAGCAGUUUCCAAUCAAUGAACACUAUUUUGGAUUGGUCAAUUUCGGAAACACGUGCUACUGUAACUCCGUGCUUCAGGCAUUAUACUUCUGUCGGCCGUUCCGGGAGAAUGUGUUGGCAUACAAGGCCCAGCAAAAAAAGAAGGAAAACUUACUGACGUGCCUGGCAGACCUUUUCCACAGCAUUGCCACGCAGAAGAAGAAGGUUGGCGUGAUCCCACCAAAGAAGUUCAUUUCGAGGCUGAGAAAAGAGAAUGAUCUCUUUGAUAACUACAUGCAGCAGGAUGCUCACGAGUUUCUAAAUUAUUUGCUAAACACUAUUGCGGACAUCCUGCAGGAAGAGAAGAAACAGGAAAAACAAAAUGGAAAAUUAAAAAAUGGCAACAUGAAUGAACCUGCAGAGAAUAAUAAACCAGAACUCACCUGGGUCCAUGAGAUUUUUCAGGGAACGCUCACCAAUGAAACUCGAUGCUUAAACUGUGAAACUGUUAGUAGCAAAGACGAAGAUUUUCUUGACCUCUCUGUCGAUGUGGAGCAGAAUACAUCUAUUACCCACUGUCUGAGAGACUUCAGCAACACAGAAACACUGUGUAGUGAACAGAAAUAUUAUUGUGAAACGUGCUGCAGCAAACAGGAGGCCCAGAAAAGGAUGAGAGUAAAAAAGCUGCCCAUGAUUUUGGCCCUGCACCUAAAGCGGUUCAAGUACAUGGAACAGCUGCACAGGUACACCAAGCUGUCUUACCGGGUGGUCUUCCCGCUGGAGCUCCGGCUCUUCAACACCUCCAGCGACGCCGUGAACCUGGACCGCAUGUACGACCUGGUCGCUGUGGUGGUUCACUGUGGCAGUGGUCCUAAUCGUGGGCAUUAUAUUACUAUUGUGAAGAGUCAUGGCUUCUGGCUUUUGUUUGAUGAUGACAUUGUAGAGAAAAUAGAUGCCCAAGCUAUUGAAGAAUUCUAUGGCCUGACGUCAGAUAUAUCAAAAAAUUCAGAGUCCGGAUAUAUUUUAUUCUAUCAGUCAAGAGAAUAACUUGAAGAACUGUGGGACGAGUUCACAUGGGGGGAACUGUUCACGGCACUAUUCCCUGGUUUCUCUGCAGACUUUCCUCCCCAGUGGCCCCGCCAGUGGUACUAUGCCAAGUGUAAUGGUCUGGCUGGGUUAGACUUUCUCUCCCUUUGGUUUUUUACAUGCAGCACUACUUGUGGUUUUAUUUUAGUCUGAGGUAGAGUUAACUGCAAUCAGAUUGUAGUAAGAUUUGUAUGAGUAACAGUUGCUAAUUUUAGGAUUGGGGAAACGCUACGCCACCGGCUACGUCUGGCUCAAUUAGAGUGACAUUUCCUACGGGAAGGUCUACAGUCUGUUUUGGGUCCCUGCUAAACGUCCCAAGUGGCUUCCGGGAUCUCAUGUCAAUGCAUUCCUUUAACUUGUCCCGGGAAGCACUGCUACCCACUUGUAGCUUCUCUGCCUCUUUUCUGACGCAAGGACAGAAUCGGGUAGAAGUUCACCUGUUAGGGCUGCAGCUAUAGCUUUAAGUUUGUGCAAGUGAAAACGUUUAAAAGUGAGUAACCUCAAUACUAAAAUCAUCCUCCAGGUGGCACAGGGUGGAGAGAAGCUGUUCACGGUGGCUAGCGCCUGCCUGGGGCUGUGUUCCCCUCGCCGCCCGCCGCCGUUAGGACCCCAGAGGCUAAGAAGGCACGGAGCUCAGGGCAGGCAGAGCCCAGAGGAGGACGCUUUUGUGGACAGUGAAAACUUAACUUUUCUUACCUUUCUACCAAAACCACGUUUCAGGAAGAUACCCCUACGCCAUUUGUUUUUAGUGAUGCUCUACUUCCGUAAGGUCCUGUGAGUUGUAUCUGUCCUUUAUCUGGCGCUGCUAAGCUUUCCAAGGCAUCCGCCCGGGCCGGCUGGUGUUCUGCAGGCUGUGGCCGCAGGGCUGAGCUACCGUGGUGACUGCUUCCGGCACAGCUCUCCUUAGCCAGUCAGUACCCACCACCUUCUCGGUCAGGAAGGACCCAGACACUGCCGUGUCACCACCAUUGGCCGCAUUGUACAGCUGUUCACCUUUUAACAUUUCAGUCUGUUGACUGAGGCGCUGGCGAGUCCCAGGACUAAUAAGGAACCUUCCCUAGAGGGACCACUGGAGUCAGCUGGGGGUGAAGGUGGGUCAAAGGAAGUGGGAGCGGGUGGGCGGAGGAAUGAACAAAAUGGCAACUUUUCUUUGGCUCAGACUCCUAGAACGCUUGACAAGACCGUUUUGUGGAAGAACCUCAUCUCACUGUAGUUACUUUUACUUUUUUCACCUUUGUUAUGUAUGUAUUUAUUAGAUCACUUGAGUAUUGGUACCUUUUAUUAAAAGGGUCAAUUUGGCGUUCUGCUGUUGAGCUGGUUUUUGGAUUCUUACAAAUACUAUGAGGCAUAGAUCUCGGCUUCCUUUGGGAAGUCGGUUGACUUCCACACACUUCUAAGAUACUGUGAACAUACUAUUUUGUUACCUAAUAAAUCAGCGAAUGAACAUGCAAAUGUUUGGCAUAAUGUGAACUCAAAUUGAAAUUGGAAAUGUUAGCAGCCAUUUUGUAACAAUUAAGAGCAUAGCACUUUAUCUAGAUGAAAACUGGAUUUCUUGUCUUUAAGAUAUCUUGAACUGUUUAUUGCUCAGAACUUAAAAAAGCAUGCCAACACUUCAUUUGUUCAUGCUUGAAGUGAAAUGUUUUACUUUUCACUGGAGAAGACAAAAACAGGGUGAUCUUCAUGUUAUUUUAUACAAGUGAUGAAAAUAUACCUUGCCUUAUUUAGAGGCAAAUUCAUAUUUAUAAAUAUUUUGUCUUUUUUUUUUUUUUCUCAUGAAACAUAUGCAGUAAUCACUUACCUGCAAGGUGAGUAUUUAUUCCGUUUUUAAGAGGAGACACUUUGCAAUUGAAGGCAACUGAUCCGAGGAACUGUUUGUACUAUAUAUAACCCAUACAUUUGACUGUAGGUUGCAAAGUUUUUUUUUAAAAAAUGAUGGUUCAUAUCUAAUAUAUUUGGAGCUGGUUCAUAAGAAAAACUAUUAAAAUUAUCUUUGGAAUGA